AUGGGUCUAUUCAAAAGAAGUCAACCGGAGAAAACUGGUUUCCAUGGCGGAGUUGUCUCGAACGAAAAGAUUACUUCUGAAGAUGAAAGACGUUACAAAUUCAAAUCAGGCAAUGUCCAUGAUCCAAUUCUGUCAGCCGUCAACGAAGCCCAGCCCUUCGAACAACAGGCCAACGAUCACCACAGACAGGUAUCGUUAUCCAACGCGUCUGGGGACGGCUAUUUGAGAGAUAUUUUCGGCUAUGCCAUUCAGGUUCCAGACGUCUCCAACCCUGCCAGGUCUAGAGAUGAAAGACCAAUGGACACCAUUCGUUCGUUUGAAUAUGCCAUUACCGGAGACGCUACAUACAGAAACCAACUGGAGACUCCACAACUGGGAUUCAGAGUGAGGAACGAUUUCCCAACCUUUGGAGUCAAUCCGUACGCAAGCGAAGCUCCACCUGCUAACGCUUACUAUGCUGGAGACUCUUUUGCCCAAUCACAACCAGUAUACCAGGCGCCUUUGAAGGAGGCCAAGGAUGCGAAGAAGAAGCGUUGGUUUGGAAAGAAGAAAUAA